AUGGUACAACCGCAAAAGGGAAAAGCGGCUCGGACGACCAAGGCAGCCAAACAGACCGCCGCCAAAGCCGCCAACACUGGCGGUGACGUCGUCCCGCAAGCCACGUCGGAGAAGAAGAAACUGGACAAGGCGGUGGUCAACGAGGCCGAGAAGAAGAAGCUGGCGUUUAUCACGAGAACCAUCUGGACGUUCGUCAUGAUCGGCGGCUUCUUCUUGGUGCUUGCCGGCGGCCAUCUCCCGUUGAUCAUCUUUGUCCUGGUGUUGCAAAUCUUGACGUUCAAGGAGAUCAUCGCCCUCUCGCUGGAACCGGCGAGAGAUAAGGAAAUCCCCCUCACCAAGCUGCUCAAUUGGUACUUUUUGGUGACGACGGUGUACUUUUUGGACGCCCCCAAUGUCCUUGACUUUUUCCAAGAAGACUUGUUUGCACACCGCGUCACUCUGUUCCUCAUGGCCAACCACAAGUUCACCCUGUACACCGCCUACGUUGCCGGUUUUGUCGCGUUUGUGCUCACGUUGAAGAAGGGUCACUAUAAGUUCCAAUUUGCCCAGCUCUGCAUCACCCACAUGACGCUUUUGAUCGUCGUGUACCAGGCGCAUCUCAUCAUCGAAAACAUCCUCAACGGCAUCAUCUGGUUCUUCCUCCCCUGCGCCCUCGUCAUCACCAACGACAUCUUCGCCUACCUCUGUGGCAUCACCUUCGGCCGCACUCAGCUCAUUGAGUUGUCGCCCAAGAAGACCGUUGAAGGGUUUGUCGGUGCCUGGAUCUGCACCAUGAUCUGGUCGUUGUUGUUUGUCUACGGGUGCCUGGCCACCGACUACUUUAUCUGUCCCGCGGAGAACUUGAGCACCAACAUUACCAACUUCCCCCACUGCGAACACAACCCCGUGUUCAUCACCCAGUUGUGGCAGGUGCCCGACUUCUUCCAGAGCGUUGUCCACACCCUCAACAUCAAGCCCGUCUACGCCCACGGGUUGUGGUUGGCGACGUUCGCGUCGUUGAUCGCCCCCUUUGGCGGGUUCUUCGCUCUGGGGUUGAAGCGCGCGUUCGCCAUCAAGGACUUUGGCGACACCAUCCCCGGCCACGGCGGCGUCACCGACCGCAUGGACUGCCAGUUCUUGAUGGGGUCGUUCCUGUACUUGUACUACCUGACGUUCAUCUCGGUGCAGAAGAUGACCUUCGCCAAGAUUCUCCAGACGGCGAUCGUCAACUUGCUGGUGGCCCAGAUCAUCCACCUUAUCCGCCUGUUGUUGCGGUACUUGCACAACAUCGACGCCGUCCCCGAGCUGACGGUGGUCAAGGUGCUGGAGUUGUUAGAGCUGGCUACUCUUUAA